AUGUCACUAUUUUCAGACUACAAGACUGUAAAUAGAUCAAGUACGAAUUAUGCAGUUGCUAUUAGUGUUGGAGUUCAAAUUUUGUCGGUAAUUUACUAUUUCAUUCGCGGUUAUGAAAGAUAUUCAGUACCAAAAUUCAAUUUGGACGAGGCAAAUUUAGCUGAAGGUUCAAGUUCAGUUUCAGUUGACGAAGUAAGAUCAGAUGAAAAAGUUUAG